AUGAAUAGUACGACCAGUGGGAUAAGCGAGCAUGGGAGGGAUACCCGUGCCACGGCGGUGUCAGGAAGGGCACCGCAGAUAGGCGACCUGGCCUGUGGUGCAUCUAAUGCGCCAGGAAGUGUAGAAAGGGAAGAGUGCCACUUGGAGAAGUGGCAAAAGGCUGCCAGGGCCGCUGAGGGCAUGCGGUUCUCCGGCCUGACGGUAAGAAGAAAAUCAAGGAAGAUCAAACGUGCGAGGCCCGGGGUCUACUCGUCCGAGGAGGAUGAGUCGGGGGUAGACUGGCGCGUGCUGGAUGAGGGAGGACCGGCGGAGACCCCCGCCUUGUCUCAGGUGGAGACUGAUAGGAAUAACUAUGGAGGGACUCAAGACCUCAAGGCUAAACUUAGGGCCAUGGAGCAGCGCAAUAAGGAAAUCACGGACGAGAACAUCCGUCUCAAGAGGGUAAUCAAAAAGAGGGAAACUCCCUUGGCUGGGAAAAGCCAAGAAAGGACCCCGGACGCAAGCCACUCAGACGGGUCGGUAAAGGCACUGGCAGAGGCUGUCCGCAGUGUACAGCAACAGCAGCAGCAACAGCGGCAUCAGACAUUGAGUGGAGCAGCGACUGGGGCUGGUGGACCACACAAGGGCCCCACACUUCGUGCUGAGUCCACAAGACCCCCUGCGCAGCAGGUAAGUGUAGGUAAGACACUAACCCCGCAAGAAGAUUUUGUGCAGGUGCUUGGCCGAAAGAGGAGGCGGGUCCAGAGGAGGGAAGCAAAUGCACUCUCCCUGGCUACGUCAAAGGAUGAUGUCAACGACCCUCAACCAUUGCGUGGACAGGCGCCCCCUAGGAAAAGAAGGAAGGGGAGGAGCGGUGCGCAACGACGGAAGAAGAGGAUGCAAAGGGAAAGAGAAGUGGCUGCAAUUUCCCUAUCCUGUACCGAGGAGACGAUGUACAGGGAUGCACACGUGCGGGCCACGAAGGGGAUCAACCUCAAGGACCUGGGAAUCGGCACCAUGUCCUGUAGGAGAGGACUCACGGGUGCCUUUAUAUGGCAGGUACGAGGCAAAGGGGCAAAUGCGAAGGCCGACCGGGUGGCGGCGGGCUUAAAGAAUGCUGUCCCAGGGGCAAAGAUCACCCGCCCCCUGCGCACGAGCACCAUAAGGUUGGUGGGACUGGACGCGUACGCUAACGGUACCGUCAUAAGGGACGCAUUUCUGGAGGUGCGGUCUGGAACAGACCCCAACCUCAUUAAGGUUAGAGAGAUCAGGAUUGGCAGGGUCAGAUUAGGCGAGGCAACUGUCACGGCUCCGACGCCUGUCAUCCGAGCGGCCCUGGAGAGGGGUAGAAUAGACGUGGGACUUACGAAAAUGAGGAUGCAUAAACUCAGGCAGCGGCCCCUCACAUGCCACCGGUGCCUUACUCGAGGACAUGUCGUGGCAACGUGCCUGGCCACUAAGUCCAGGACAGACCUUUGCUACGUAUGUGGGAAACCGGGCCACGUGGCCGAAUCAUGUACGGACAAAAUGGCGUGCCCGGUUUGCGCAGAUGCCGGCCGGAAGCAGACCAACCACCGUGCCGGUUCCUGGGAGUGCCCGGUUGUGUCUCCCAAAAAAUGGGUGGACAAGGUGUUCGUGAAGGCAUCAAAUGUUUGCCCGGAAGCAAUAACCCAAAAAGACCCGCAUAAGGUCGCUGAAAAAACUGCAGAGACAGUGAAAGUGACCGAGAAGAGAAGUGUACAGGAAGACAUGGAGGUGGAACAAGGUGUACCGGGCAUCUCAAUAGGGGUAGAAGCAGCGGAGAGUUCGUAG